UCGUUUGCCCCAUUUGCGAAUCUUCCAUGAGAAGCUCUUCCCGCGGCUCCUGCAGUGUACUCUCCGAGUUUCUCUGUUCAGUCCUCUUCUCGAUCCGUCAAAGUGUCGAUCUUUCUCUCCGAUUUCUCCUCCCUGAAAUCCCAAUUUCCGAUCAAUUCUAUUCACUCUCCGGGAGAUUUUCUCGAAUUCAAAACGAUGGAGUUGAGUUCUCCUCCUAAGCCGUUUCUGGGCGUCCGUUUCGCUCUCGUUGGGUUCAAUCCCGUCGAUCAAAACAAGUUGCAGUCCAAGCUCAUAACUGGUGGCGGUGUCGACGUUGGACGGUUUAGUCAGAGCUACACUCACCUCAUUGUCGACAAGCUUAUUUAUGACGAUCCCAUAUGCGUUGCUGCCCGGAAUAGCGGGAAAGUUGUUGUUCUGGGUUCCUGGGUUGAUCACAGCUUCAACGUUGGAGCCCUGGUUGAUGCGAAUUCUGUUAUGUACAGACCCCCAAAAGAUCUGAAUGGAAUUCCCGGUGCUGAAAGCUUAAUUGUAUGCUUGACUGGGUACCAACGUCAUGAUAGAGAUGACAUUAUGUCAAUGGUUGCUUUGAUGGGUGGACAAUUCUCCAAGCCGUUGGUUGCUAACAAAAUAACUCACCUUAUUUGCUACAAGUUUGAGGGGGACAAGUAUGAGCUUGCCAAGAGGAUAAAGAGGAUUAAAAUAGUGAACCACCGGUGGUUAGAAGAUUGUUUAAAGGCAUGGCAGCUCCUUCCAGAGGCUGAUUAUGGAAUAAGUGGCUAUGAGUUGGAGAUGAUGGAGGCUUCAGCUAAGGAUUCUGAAGAUGAAGCAGAAGAUGCUUCCACGAAGCGUGCAAACAAGAGCCCUCUUGGUCUCAGGGUCAUAGUUGCAGUUGACGGUAGCAUGCCUAAAUCGGUAGAACUGAAUGCACCGGUUGUUCAAGCAAAAACAGGUGCACAGGCUGAUUCCUCAAGCACCAUUACAUCCAAAGACGUGUGGUUAACUCCUAAAAAGGUUGACAGACCCCAUGAAACCAUGGCCUCUAUUGAUGCCGGUCUUCCUCUGCAACAUGAUUCUGGAAAACCAAGAACUUUUCAGGAUGCUUUCCAUGACGCAUUGGCUGAUCCAUUUGACAAGAAAUCAGUGUCUAGAGAGGUCAAAGAUGACUUGAUGUCUGGAUCCAAGAAUACUGAAAGGUUUUCACCCAUGGCUCCUUUGCAACAUGAUUGUUCGAAAACAAGCACUUUCCAGGAUACUUCUCAUGACAAGACAUCUGGGACUAGAGAGGUCAUGUCAAUGUUCAAUCCACUUGACAAGACACCUGGGUCUAGAGAUGGCAAAGAUGACUUGACAUCUAUUUCCAAGAGCACCGAAAGGUUUCCAUCCUUGGCUAUGAAGUUGAGUUCAAAGUACCAAUGGGAUGAGUCAAGCAUCCGAAAUAGUUCCCCAGGAACAAAUAACGGUGGCUUAAAAGCUAUAACUUCUUCUGAUAUCUCUGCAUCUAAAUCAAAUUAUGCUGCAGAAGGAACCAGUGGCCGUGAGGAUGCCUGCAAGAUUGAUAAGUUGCAUGAAAAAGAGUCCCCUCAGAAGAGAUCAACAGGUGGAUAUGCUAGUAGCUCAAAAUCACAAAAAGUAGGCGGCGGCGGGGAGCCGAUUGGUGUACUAACGGCUAGUCUCUUCUUGCCAGAACAAAGCCAUAUCUCAGUGUCAAGCAACAGUUGUCCAAAUGAAGGCGGGGAAGUUGCCCAGAAAUCGCCUGUGAGUAAUUCAACUACCAAGUCAUUGAGCUCAAAUGUGGUAGAUAGAAAAUAUGCUAUCCUGACUUCAGAGGGCGAGCUAGCUGAGACUAUUGCCAAGAAAACACCUGAAAGAUCAUUGACUGAACUGGCAAUGGAAAAAUCUAACACGAUGUCAGGUUUGGACGAUCUUGGAAAGAGCGACAAGCCAGACACUGAGCAGCCUAAGAAGAAAACUGCUUCCAGAAAGACCCUAGGCACAAGACCCAAGAUAAGGAAUAGCAGUAAAAAAAUGGGAUCUCUUUACUUGAGCAAAACUGUGUUAAGCAAUGACCGCACUAAUUGCUUAAGCAAAGGAGAAGUUGCAACACCGAUGCUGGAGGAUGGCAAUCAGAAGGAAACCUCAGUUCCAGCCAUUAAUUCUGAAUCCACACCGAAAGUAGCACAACAAGUUGACUCUAAGGGUAUCACUUUUGAGAAAAUCGACUGUACAGAUGGUGAUACCAAUCCUCCUGCAGAGAAAGUCAAUCACGAGCUUGAUGCUGAUGUGAACCAACAAGAUAUGCUGGUUGAGACUGAAGGACAGCGCAGAGCUGAUGCAGAGGUUGAAGUAAGAACAGCAGAAACAGAAGCAAAUGAUGGUUCAAAUGAGGGUGCAUCUGAUGAUAGGAACAAAAGUAAAUGUGGAAAGAAGGCCUCUGGAGAACAGAUUAAUCUCGGCAAUUCGAAGAAACGAGAUUCACCCACAGCUGAAGUGGGGAAAGCUAGUAUCAAGAAGACGAAAAGGGCUAGAAAAGAAAAUGUGAGAGGAAAUGAUACUGAGUUGAAAGAUAGGGGUGGUAACUCUGUGGAAGAGAAGGAGAACGUAGCUGUGAGAGGAAAUGAUGCAGAGGUUGAAAUAAGAACAGCAGAACCAGAACUAAAUGAUGGUUCAAAUGAGGAUGCACCUGAUGAUACUACAGAACUAGUGAUUGAUAGGAACAAAAGUAAGCGUGGAAAGAAGGCCUCUGGAGAACUGAUUAACCUCGGCAAUUUGAAGAAACGGGAUUUACCCACAGCUGAAGUGGGAAAAGCUAGUAUCAAGAAGACGAAAAGGUCUAGAAAAGAAAACAAUGUGAGAGAAAAUGAUAGGGGUGAUAACUCUGUGGAAGAGAAGGAGAACGUAGCUGUGAAUAAAAAAUCUCGGAAGAUUGGUGGUGACGAGAGUUUGAGCAUGGGAAAACCACCUGCAAGAAAGGAAACUGAAAAGUCAGCUAAGACCCUAACAAAAACAGAGAAAAAGUCUGAGCAGAUCAGUUCUUCAAAGUCGAUGGCUAGUAGAAAAAUCUUGCACGACAGAGGAAAGGAGUCUGCAUGUUUUAUAGUGAGCGGGCCUAGAUUUCAGAGAAAGGAAUAUCAACAGAUAGUCAGGCGUUUGAAAGGAAAAGCUUGCAGGGAUUCUCAUCAAUGGUCUUAUCAGGCAACACAUUUCAUCGCUUCAGAGAUUCGCCGGACUGAAAAGUUUUUCGCUGCAUCUGCAUCUGGAAGUUGGAUUCUCAAGGGAGAUUAUUUACCUGCUUGUAGCCAAGCUGGGAAAUUCUUGCCCGAGGAACCUUUUGAAUGGCACAGUACUGGUCUCAGUCAGGACGGUGCAAUAAACUUAGAGGCCCCAAGAAAAUGGCGGCUUGUCAGAGAGAAAACGGGUCAUGGUGCCUUUUAUGGAAUGCGCAUUGUCAUAUAUGGUGACUGCAUGGUCCCAUCUUUGGAUACCCUCAAACGUGCAGUGAAAUCCGGGGAUGGUACUAUACUAGCAACAGCACCACCUUACAGGAGGUUCCUGAAUUCAGACACCGAUUUCGCUGUCAUAAGCCCCGGAAUGCCGCGGGUUGAUGCCUGGAUCCAGGAGUUUCUGAAUCACGAGAUACCAUGUGUUCUUGCGGAUUACCUCGUGGAAUACAUAUGCAAACCCGGGUACCCUCUUGACAAACAUGUGCUUUACAACACUCAUAAGUGGGCAGAACAGUCAUUUAACAAGCUGCAACGAAGCUCGGAAGAGGAGGUUGUAGAGGAAGAAGUUGCCUCGCCAUCAGGUCAUUCCGAGGGCGACGAUAUAGCUUGUGUGGUUUGUGGGAGGAGUGACAGAGAAGAGGUGAUGCUGAUAUGCGGCGAUGAGAAGAACUCGAGGGGCUGCGGAAUCGGAACACACAUGGACUGCUGUGAUCCUCCAAUGGCCCGAGUUCCUGAACAUGAUUGGUUCUGUCCUCAAUGCAGUGACAGCACUCCCAAGAAGAAGACAAGGAAAGUCAAACGGAACUGAGUUUUUGCAAUUUCUUGUUUGGGGUUUGUAGGUCCAACGUUGUGUUAGAAAACCCAAACAAGAAAAUUAGGCACUUGCUUUAGGUGGCUGCUAUGAAGGCGCUUAAGGAUUCACUUCGUGUUCCAGAUAGAAUGGGUCGGAAUGGUGAUCCCCGUGCUCCCACUAUCUGAGUCGCAUGCCGCCCCGACCGGCAUGGACCUGGCCUCGUUAUAUUCCAAAUGUACAAGAUUGUAUUUGUAUUUCUCCGUCAUUAUGUUUUAGGCGUGGAAUUUGUAUUUAAUCUGAAAAAUUAGAUCAUGAUGCUUCAGCCGGCCGGCAUUGAAAAUGAUCGAUUUGAGCAAACCGGUGUUUUGUGAAUGUUGUUUUUAUUUUCUCUACUAAAUAAAUAUACGCCCGUAAUCCCAUGGAUCAAAUGGGACAUGUA